CAGUCUUUCUGUAAUAAUAAUCUUUGAUUCAACACUUCAUUUCUUCUCUUCGUCAAUAUUCCUACACUAUCAUACGCCGACGCACUAAUUCGUUGUAAAUGGGUGAUAAAACUGAAAAUGGACAAAGAAGAGUGAUUACGGUUUACGUUGAACCGAUUGAGAUAGAGCUCGACGAUGAUGGCAAUCUUCUAUUCAGUGCAUUGCAGUCAGCUGUACCCGGUGCUUCGGGACUUUACUUUAGGGGUGAAUGCAAAUCAAGCGUCAAAUUUGAUGGUAAAAAACUUAUUGCACCUGCUGAUGGAUGGAAGGAUCGUAAAUAUUUUGCAAAUCUAGGGUGUCGAUCAGACUUUCCAUUCGGCAGUUAUGCAAAUGCAUCGCGGCAGUUUGAAAGAUCCGUUAACGCUGUACAGCGUCUCUUUGGAAAAUGCAAUCCAUUGUUUGACUACAGUCCGUUAGAGCGAGAGUUGAUGCCAAGAAAACCGGUAGCGCUGAAUGGCACUGCAAAAGAAACAUCUGAUAAUCGAACAGAGAAUAUGAAACAACUUCUAUCCAAUAUUACGCAAAAACAGUCGAAUCAGCCUUCAACGACUCAACUGGACGAUCAGAAAAUCACACCACUGGAGCAACAGUUUGUUGAUUUGGCACGUAUUUCAACAGCAAAAGACACAAUUAUUGAACAACAACGUUCAGAUAUAAGGAUGCUUAACGAUAAGAUGGAAAUGAAAAAUAAAGAACUGAACGAAGCGCUUGACGAACUGUCAAAAAGCGAAAGGCGAUGCAACGCAAAAGAAGAGGAAUUGAUAAUUCUGAGGAAUUUGAGUAAGGAGCAAACGUAUAUGUGCGAAAAGGUAAACGAAUUGACCAAACGGUUGUUGGAUUCAGAGCAAAUAAUAACUGAACAAAAAUCAAGAAGCAACAGCCUGAUUGAGAGGAUUAGAGAAUUAGAAGAACAGAAAGCGCAAGCAAGAACUCAACUUGAACAGUCGACUGCUGAAUUACAGAGUACUCAAAUCAAAGCCAAGGAUUUGGAAGUUCGCGUUCAAAAACUACAACCACUCGCUGAGCGCCGACAGAUUGUGGAUGAUGAACAAAUACUGACCUACGCUGAAAUGUCUGAUUCAGUGGACGCGUUAACGAAGCAGAACCAGAAACUUGAGAACGAACUGAAGGAAGUGCAGGAAAAAUAUAACCAACUGAAUCAAAUUUAUACCGAAGUUGUCGUUGAAAACACGAAAGCGCUUUUAAAGAAAAGUAGUGAUGACGUAGGAGUGAAGAUAACUGAUGGUGAAUCGAAAGCACACUCGGGUUCAACUGAAGGCAAUGCGAAGAAUGCGUUAACAUGGCAAGAAGAGAGAAAAGCACUUAAAAGUGAACUGCUGGCAAGUGAAAACAAAGUCGCUGAGCUGACUCGAAUGGUGCACGCAUUAACUUCUGAGGCGGCAAAUAGCGAGCACAGAGCUACAGAAGCCAUUGCUACACGAGAUGAACUGAGGCGCUCGCUAGAUACUAAAAUUCAGGAAUCAGUGCUAGAGGAGCGUCAAAAAGCUGAUUAUUUACGACAUGAUCUGAAAGAAGCGCAGCGGCGAGUUGCUGAACUCAAUUCGCUGAUCGCCGACUUCAGCUCUGAUGCAAGAAACAGCAGACGAGAUGUCACCGACCUCCUUUAG